AUGACGUUUGCGAACAAAGCAGCAAACCUGCCGGAUUGCGAGAAACAAGCAAGGAAGCGAGCAAGCCACUUGGAAGAGGAUGCAAGGUGCAUGCAGCGGGAAGUGGAUAUGGCUAAUUUGCAGCAGGACCAGGACUCGAAUCUCUCCGAUGGAAGCUUCGUGGAAGGUGAAAUCCAGCCGGUUCAAGAAGGAACAGUAGCAGGAGCAGGAGAGAGCAGGAGAGCAGGAGAGAGCUGCGAAGGGGACGAUGGAGAGGGCGAGAAAGGGUUGGAAGAGAGAGCAAUUGCAAUUGACCAGAAUCCAUCCAGAGGCUAUAUUGGUAAUACACUGCACGAGAACGCGAUUUUGGAGAGGUCGUUGGCAGCAAGCAGACAAGCAAGCGAGCUAGCAGCUAGUUCCAAUCGCGGCAGAACCAACAGCAACGGUCUGAGAGGAAUGCAAAUGCCAAUGCCAAUGCAUGCAGAAGCGAGAGAGGCAGAAACGAAAGGAAGAAAAGGGAGAAGAACUGUAUGA